AUGUUGCUAAUUGGUCUCACCGGCUCGAUAGCGACCGGAAAAUCCACUGUUUCAUCAAUCCUUUCACAACCUCCUUACUCCCUUCCAGUUAUCGAUGCUGAUUUACUUGCGCGCAAAGUUGUAGAACCAGGCACACCAGGUUAUCAAAAGAUUGUUGCGCAUUUUUCAUCAACUACUCCGGAUCUUCUUCUGCCUCCUUCUCCCGAUCAUGACAAUACAAAAGGCGCUCCGUUGAAUAGACCCGCACUGGGUAGGAGAGUGUUCGGGGAUACUGAGGAAAGGAAAAGAGAUAGGGCAGUGCUGAAUGGGAUUGUGCAUCCCGCAGUUAGGAGAGAGAUGUAUAAAGAACUGCUUGGAUGCUAUUUGAGGGGUUGUUGGGCUGUCGUUCUUGAUGUGCCAUUAUUAUUUGAAAGUGGAAUCGAUAUGAUUUGUGGCACAGUCCUUGUUGUGGCGGUAAGGGAUCCAAAGAUACAAAUGCAGAGGUUAAGGGACAGAGAUGCACAUUUAACAGAGGAAGAUGCCGAGAACAGGGUGAAGAGUCAAGGGGACGUGAGAGAAAAAGCAAGAAGAUGUCAAGCCAGGGGAGAGUCGCGUGGAUUGGUGGUCUGGAACGAUGAGGGAAAGGAUGAACUGAAGAUAGAGCUACAAAAGGUCAUGGAAACUAUUCAAGGCAAAAGCCCUAGAUGGUGGGCCUGGUUAUUACUAUUGUGUCCACCACUAGCUGGGCUUGCGGGCAUAUGGAAUUAUUGGAGAAAUACUGUCAUCAAUAAGGAGUGGAGAAGAGAUGAGCUACAAGCCAAGGCUAAAUUAUGA